AUGGAUUUAUAUGAUGACAUAGAUACAAAACCCAAAGCCUCACAAAUCGAUGGCUGGUCUUCGGGUAUUAAAAUGUUGCAAACACAGUUGGCAAUAAAAAAGGCCACAACCAAGGAGCAGCCUAAGAAACCGUUAAUGACACCAGUGGUUAAUUUAAAGGCAAAGAAAAUUCAAUCGCCCGAGGAGAUAACCGUUUCCAAGCCAUUAUCGGAAACAAAACCCAUAAUCAAGGCCCAACCAUUGGUGCCUUCUUUGGAGAACAUAAAAACCGAUGAUUGGGAUUUUGUCGAUGAAUAUGACCCGGCAUGGCCAAAUGAAUAUGAAAAACUAAAAGAGAAGCGGCAAAGUCUUAAGGAUAGAAAUCGUAAUGAUGACCGUGAUAGGGGUCGUGGACGUGAACAAAACGAUCGGGGUGAUCGUAAACGUAAUCGUAGAAAUUCACGUAAUCGCGAUUCACCACCGGUCAAAUUUAGCGGUUUCGGACAGCGUAUUACCGAUGAAGAUCGUUAUAGUCCACCCACAACGACGGCUGGUGUUGGUGGACAGGCAAAAGGUGGUGUGGCCAUUGCUCCGCCUCCCUCACUGCAGGAAAUCUCAAUUGCCAAUGAGGGUGAUCCAUCGUCGAACGUUACUAUACCCUAUUCUGCUAGUUCAGUUGCGGCCAAAAUUAUGGCCAAAUAUGGUUUUAAAGAUGGUCAAGGUUUGGGCAAGCAAGAGCAGGGUAUGUCCAUGGCUUUGCAAGUGGAAAAGACUUCAAAGCGUGGCGGACGCAUUAUACAUGAACGUGAUGUAUUCUUGCCUCCGCCAACGCCACCUGCAGCAGGGAGUGGUAGCCCAGCUGCAGCUAGUCCAAUUGCUAACAUGGCUCCUCCGGCGGCACCACCACCGCCAUCAACUUCGUCAGCAAGUGGUGAAUCGAAUUCGAAUCCAAGUAUAACAGAAAUUAUGAAAGCCCCAAGCAAAGUUGUUUUAUUGAGGAACAUGGUAGGCCCAGGCGAUGUGGAUGAUGAACUAGAACCCGAAGUUAAAGAUGAAUGCAAUACCAAAUAUGGAGAAGUUGUCAAGGUGUUAAUACACGAAGCAUUUGGUACGACGCCAGAAGAUGCCGUCAAAAUAUUUGUAGAAUUUAAGCGUAUGGAAAGUGCCAUUAAGGCUGUGGUAGAUCUUAAUGGUCGCUUCUUUGGUGGACGACAAGUAAGAGCUGGAUUUUACGAUUUUGAUAAAUUUCAAAAUUUGGAAUUAAGUUAAGGAAUAA